AUGAGUGGAUCGGAAUCCAAUUCAAAAUCUUCUUUAUCAUUAAACACGACUAUAUCACCAUUGGAUGCUAUUCAACAAAGACACCGGAUGGUUCGAAAUUAUUCACUUCUCUGUUUGGAUGAGUGUACAGGUGAAGCAAAUCAAGAAUAUCAAAGUAUAUUGACACAAUUAAAAACCAAUACUGAUAAUACCAAGGUCUUUAAGCAGCGAGACGAAUGUGUCGAUUUUCUUACAGAUGCUGAAGAAAACAUCAAGUCUUUUCUGGUUGUCGAGAGUGCUAAGGUUCAACAAAUAAUGCCCUUGAUUAAUGAUAUUCCUCAAUUGCAUAGUGUUUAUAUCUUCAGUAAUAUUAAACCCCAACAUGAAGAAUGGACAACAAAAUGGUCAAAAAUCAAGGGUGUUCAUACUAACAUCGAUGACUUACGCAAAGUAUUACAACUGGGUAUUAAGAAAUACAAUCAAGAUUCGAUUGCUAUGAGCUUUAUCACGGUAGAUGAAAUGAUUUCAACCGAUAAUUUAAAUCAGUUGGAACCAACAUUUAUGUAUACUCAGGUAUUCAAGGAAAUUCUUCUUGAUAUGGAACAUAAUAAACAGGCUAUCAAAGAAUUUAUUACUUACUGUCGACAGAACGAUUCCGGGUCGCCAACGAUUAUUGAUCAAUUUGAAAACGAAUACCAUACUCAAGCAGCUAUUUGGUGGUAUACAUCUCCCUCAUUUAUCUAUUCUAUGCUGAAUUAUGCUCUACGCUCGAUGGAAGGUGAUACCAUUAUUAACAUGGGCUUUUUCAUACAUGAUCUUCACCAACAAAUUCAACAACUACACCAACAACAGGUUCAUAGUUAUAACGAUAAAUCAUUCAUAGUUUACCGGGGACAAGGUCUAUCCAAAGCAAGUUUCGAAAAACUGAAAAAAACAAAAGGUGGUUUAAUGUCUUUCAAUAACUUUUUAUCCACUAGUACGGAACAAAACAUCUCCCUGGUAUUUGCACACAGCGCGUCAGACAAUGUAGACAUGAUAGGUAUUCUUUUCAAGAUGUUAAUUGAUCCUCGUGUUAAAUCAGUGCCAUUUGCCUCCAUCAAGCAUACGAGUUACUAUAACGAAGAAGAAGAAAUUCUCUUCUCCAUGCAUACCGUCUUCCGAGUGGGUGCAAUUAAACAGCUGGACAGCAACAAAGAACUUUAUGAAGUUGAACUUCGAUUAACGUCGGAUGAUGAUCAACAACUACGAGUACUUACUGAUCGGAUACGAGAAGAAGCUGAUGGUACUGGAUGUCAGAGAUUGGGUAAAUUAUUGCUUACAAUUGGUCAAUUUAAUAAAGCUGAAGAACUUUAUAACGUAUUACUCGAACAGACAUCUGAUGAGGGUGAAAAGCAGCAUUAUUAUAAUCAAUUGGGAUCUGUCAAAGAUGCUCAGGGUGAUUACGAAAAGGCUAUUUGGUAUCACGAACAAGGACUCGAAAUUGAACAAAAAACUGUUCCUUUAAAUCAUUCUCAUUUGGCUACUUCAUACAAUAACAUCGGUUCGGUGUAUGACAACAUGGGAGAUUACUCGAAAGCACUUUCAUCUCACGAACAAGCACUUGAAAUUCGAAAAAAGACUCUUCCAUCAAAGCAUCUUGAUUUCGCGCAGUCAUACAACAACAUCGGUUUGGUGUAUCACAACAUGAGAGAGUACUCAAAAGCACUUUCGUUUUACGAAAAAGCACUCGAAAUCUAUCAAAAAACUCUCCCCUCAAAUCAUCCUUCUUUUGCUACUACAUACAACAACAUCGGUUUGGUGUAUCACAACAUGGGAGAGUACUCGAAAGCACUUUCAUAUUAUGAAAAAGCACUCGAGAUUAAACAAAAAAGUCUUCCUUCAAAUCAUCCUUCAUUAGCUAAUUCAUACAACAACAUCGGUAGUGUGUGUGGCGAGAUGGGAGAGUACUCGAAAGCACUUUCAUAUUACGAAAAAGCACUUGAAAUCGAUCAAAAAACUCUUCCUUCAGAUCAUCCUUUAUUGGCUACUUCAUACAGCAACAUCGGUGGUGUGUGUAACAACAUGGGGGAGUACUCGAAAGCACUUUCAUCUCACGAACAAGCACUGGAAAUUCAACAAAAAACUCUUCUUUCAAAUCAUCCUUCAUUGGCUGCUUCAUAUAACAACAUCGGUGGUGUGCAUAACAACAUGGGAGAGCACUCGAAAGCACUUUCAUUAUACGAAAAAGCACUGGAAAUUCAACAAAAACCUCUUCCUUCAAAUCAUCCUUCAUUGGCUACUUCAUAUAACAACAUCGGUACUGUGUAUGAAAAGAUAGGCGAGUACUCGAAAGCAUUGUCAUAUUAUGGCCGUGCUCUGGACAUAUUCCAACGUGCAUUACCUCCAACUCAUCCUCAUAUAAAAAUUGUGAAAAACAGUAUUGAAUUUGUAAAAAAGAAAUCAUAA